AAUCAUAAUCAGACAAUCGUACGGGUAGGCGGGCAGAUAGAACAGCCACCUGGUCGCAUUCUUAUUGCUUACUACAUCAUGUACUCCCGCAUCUUAUGGUCGCAAAUUGUCCUUCCAAACUCGGACGCCCCGUGACACGCACGCAUCCCUCCCAACCUCGCACUCGCAGCUUUAUUAAGCACCUCUCGGGAUUUCCACGCCACAUCCAGAACUUCCAAAUGCUUUGCCGUUUUAUGAUUUGGCCUUCUGCCACCAUCGCUCCGUUCUUCCGCCAUUCCGUCCCACCGUCCCACCGUCCCAGCAACGGUCCCGAAUCAAGUUCCCGAUCGGUGUAUGCGUAUCCAUACAACAUCAAGCGCUCUUCCCUGGGCUACCCACACACCCUCUCACCAUCACCAUCCGUCAACCCAUCGAACGGCCUGGACCCUGAGAUCGUCCCCGUUGACCUGAUCAUGACAUAGCUCACCGUUCUGGGGUUGCACGCGCGUAACCGUUUCCCCGAACCAGCAGGGUGAGGAGCCUAGUUACUACG